AUGAAUGAUCCUGGGAGUUUCACUAUCCCGUGUUUGAUUGGUAGUUUGUCGGUCAGCAAUGCAUUGGCUGAUCUUGGAGCUAGCAUAAACCUCAUGCCAUAUGCGGUUUUUGCUAAGCUAGACUUGGGAGAGCCCAAGCCAACUCGUAUGAGCAUUCAGCUAGCCGACCGUUCAGUGAAGUACCCUCGAGGCAUAGUUGAGAAUAUGCUGGUGAAAAUCGACAAGUUUGUCUUUCCUGUCGAUUUCGUGAUUCUAGACAUGGAUGAGGACAAAAAUGUUCCACUUAUCUUAGGUCGCCCAUUCUUAGCCACUGCGAGAGCCUUGAUUGAUGUCUGCACCGGUAGACUUACUCUUAGGGUUGAUGAUGAGGAGGUUACCUUUGAUAUAGGGAAAUCCAUGCAACACUCAUAA